CCAAGUGGCUCUGGCGCUGGCCAAGCAGUGGAGACGAGAAGAAAAGUUUUAGAAGCAAUUGCAACGAAAGAGAGAGAGGACAAGUGAGAGCCUUGGUGAUGGCGAAAGGAGACACCAGAAAGGGCCCGUGGACAGAGCAAGAAGACCUCCAACUGGUAUGGUUUGUGGGCUUGUUCGGUGAACGUCGUUGGGAUUUCUUAGCAAAGGUGUCAGGUCUUAAUAGAACAGGAAAGAGUUGCAGGUUGCGUUGGGUUAAUUACCUCCACCCCGGUCUCAAACGCGGCCGCAUGACUCCCCAGGAAGAACACCUCGUGCUCGAACUCCAUGCCAAAUGGGGAAAUAGGUGGUCUCGUAUUGCUCGGAGACUACCAGGCCGCACUGAUAAUGAGAUUAAGAACUAUUGGAGGACCCAUACGAGAAAGAAAGCACAAGAACGGAAGGGAAGCUCUCCCCCACUAUCACCUUCUUCGUCGUCGAGUAAUCCUUCCUCCUCUCUCGGUGAUCCUCCAUUAGAAGCUGGGGUGGGGAAACAUGAGGUGGAUGGCGUCGUAGAGGGCACCUCUUCCAUGAUAGGUUUCCAAGGGAAUGAGGAAGAUGUGAAGGGUAGCUACCCCCCUAUGGAUCAGAUUUGGAGUGAGAUCGCCUCGUUGGAGUUGAUCAGUGAGUUGAGCUUCGAGGGAUACAAGAAUGAAGCUUGCAUUAAUGUUUCAUGCCCCUCGGUGCCCUCUCCCGUGUGGGACUAUUGUUCUGACUCUCUUUGGAAGAUAGAUGAUGAGGAGUUCAAGAUGCUCGCUCCCAUAGCAGACAACACGAUCAGGGAAUCCUAGAACCGUAAAGAUUACUUCUCUUUCUACCCCUGUCCAUAAACUGUCAGAUGUUUUAUAUAUACUACAAUCUUAUAAGAUUUUUAGUACGAUCGUGAAUACAACUCAUUGUAUGUGACACAUCAUAUCAUGUGCUCCUCCAUAUCGGCUACCUUGAUAGCACUGUAACAGUUGUAUCCCUGCUUCCUAUAUAAUAGGGCUUGUUAUUAAGCUAAUUUUCUCGAAA